CCGACUCUCCUCCACUCCUCUCCCAAAAUCGCAAUGGCGAACGUGACUGAACUCCCCAUUGUACCUACACCUCUACCUGCGGGCUGGACGGCGCCCGCGGCGUCGAGCAAGUCUGUCUCGCCUCUGGUCGAGCGCAGGUUGCUCCCCGCGGGGCAGGCGUAUCUCGCCCAUGUCCGUCGCGCCGUACACAACCUUUCGUUUGAGGAACAUGACAAGCACGCAGAGGAGGAGCGCAAGCGGUACGAGGCCCUGCACGGAACCGGCAACGGCGCGGAGGAUGAUCUUGGUGUGGGCGACGAGGAGGAGCCGGAGGACUUGCUGACCCUGGACCCUAAGGAGUGGAAGAAACAAGACCACUACGCUGUUCUCGGUCUCUCUCACCUCCGCUACAAGGCCACGCCAGAACAGAUCAAGAUUGCACACCGGAAAAAGGUGCUCAAGCACCACCCCGACAAGAAGGCGGGCGUCGCGGGCGACUCGAACGACGACGCAUUCUUCAAGUGCAUUUCCAAAGCGUUCGAUGUGCUCUCUAACCCCGAGCGUCGGCGGCAGUUCGACUCCGUCGACCCAUUCUACGACAUCUUCGAGACCGACGUUCCUACCGCGUCGCAGGUGCAGAAGGCGAAGAACCCGGAGAAGUUCUUCUUCCAGUCAUUCGGGCCCGUGUUCGAGCGCGAGGCGCGUUUCAGCCGGAAGCAGCCCGUCCCGCUGCUCGGUUCCUUCGACGACACGAAGGCAGCAGUCGAAGGGUUCUACGACUUCUGGUACAACUUCGACAGCUGGCGGAGCUUCGAGUACCUCGACAAGGAGGUCAACGAGGGCAGCGACAACCGUGACGACAAGCGCUAUACCGAGAAGAAGAACAAGUCCGAGCGCGCACGCCGCAAGAAGGAAGACACUGCGCGUCUGCGCAGCAUCGUCGACACCGCGCUGGGCGUAGACCCUCGCAUCAAGCGCAUCCGCCAGGAGGAGAAGGAGGCGCGCGAGGCCAAGAAGAAGGGCAAGAGCCAGGUCAACGGUCAGGACGCGAAGCUGAAGGCCGAGGAGGAGAAGCGCAAGGCGGAGGAAGAGGCGAAGCGGAAGGAGGAAGAGGAGGCGGCUGCGCGCGCAGAGGCCAAGAAGGCGAAGGCCGCUGCCGCGAACGCUGCGAAAAAGGCCAGGCGACAGCAGCGCGCUGUCGAGGGCGAAGCUUAAUCCACUCGCCUCGUCACUUUCCACUAUUCCCCCAUCAACGUCGGCCAGACUCUGCAUCGCACGUGUUGUAUACCUCUCUGUCGCAUUACUUAGAAGUCUCCCGCUGCUAGAGCCGCUGGCACCCCCCGAUGUAGCCGUCAUUCGACUUUCGUCAUUCACGAUCUUGUAUUGCGUUGCGUCCAUUGCGACUC